AUGGCCGCCGAGCAAGCUAAAAGCCGCGGUAAUCGUGCGUUUGCUGCGGGUUUAUACUCUGACGCCGUUGCCUGUUUCUCCGAAGCACUGGCGAUUGCCCCUACCGAUCCAAAUGUGCACGUUUUUUAUAGCAAUCGUUCAGCAGCACUACUGAAGCUUGACAAGGCUGAUAAAGCACUUGAAGACGCAGACAAAUGUAUCACGAUUAAGCCAAAGUGGCCCAAGGGAUACUCACGUCGUGGCGCUGCACUGUAUGCUCUUGGACGAUACGCUGAUGCUUAUAGAGCUUACAAAGAUGGAUUAAGUCACGACACAUCAAAUUCAGGACUGCUUGAAGGUCUCAAAGCUGUAGAAGUGAAACUGGCCACCCAGGGAGCAGGCAUAUCAUCCAGUACAUCGUCGACUUCAUCACCACUAUCAACAUCUACAAUUAAAAGUUUCUUGUUUGGCAGCAAACGCAAUAUUUUUCAGCUGUAUCAAUUUAUACUACGCACCAUGCUGCUACUCUGCUUCAUUAAUUUCUGGAUUCCGAUGCUGCUAUCUAGCUCUGCUGCCUACGGGAAUUUUUUUAAAGUGGCUCUCGUUAAUCAUACCAGUUAUUUAGCCUUUACACAUGGAGCCCCGAGAUGGAGCGCUGCCUAUUCUCAACGGUUGCUGCUUGAUCCUGCUGCUCAGAUCUUGUUUUUCUGUCUCGUGUUCUGGGUCUCGGACCCGCACGGUCUGGCCAUGAUGCCUGUUUUCCUAUUGGAAAUGGUGCACUAUUUUUCCUAUGUGCAGUCGUUGUUGGAGGUGCUCGGAUUGGGUAACUUAAGUAUUGUGACAUUUGUGACAACCAAGGCGUUGGUACCUCUCACAGCUUUAAUCAUCAGUGAUCCAAGCUUUCCAGCACUGACUACUCACGCCAAGUGGACAAAAUUGUACAGUCGUAUGCCACAGGUCGCGGCUAAUAUUGAUUUGGCUAUCGGCAUUUCAUUGAUCGUAGAGAUGCUAUUGCCAACGCGCAAUUUUUUGCUGCUGAUACUGUACUGGCAAGUCUUACGUGUUCGCUAUAUGAUCUCACCGCAACUACAGGAAGCUUUCCGUAUGCUACAUGCCUCAAUCCUUUCAGCAGUCAGCCAUCCGCGCUGCCCAUCUGUAAUUGGCAACGUAUAUGGUAAACUUCAUGGAUUCAUUACUAAAAUGGGCGAUUCUACAGCGCAACAUCAGUCUACCUCUGGCACUGGAGGGCUAGCUUCGCGUUGCAAUAUCAUGUAG